UAUUCGCCCAGCUGCCCUGCUGCGUGAAACUUGCAUGGGGACACCCCCCCGUGUAACUCUGGCCAUGCCAUGGAUUUCUCUCCCCCCGGGAUCCAAUCCCCUCCCCCCGUUCCCACCGGGCAGGAUGCGCAUCAAGACGUUACUUGUUUUUUCACGUUGCACAGAUGAGGGGUACGGGAUUGCAGGAUGGAGGGGGCUACUUUGGGGAUGGAGACGAUGUACAUCAUCUCCGACGUAUGUCAUACUCCUUCUUUCGUCACGUCUUGCCGGAUCCUGCUUAGAGCUCCUGCAGGAGGGACUGCAUCCGGCCAUCCAGGAUCAUCCACGGCCAUUGCAGCCACUCGACGGUUGCACCACCCCCUCGGGGACCGUCGUCGAUCACUGCAAAUCCACGCCCGGAUACACGAUUACAGGGCAGAUAGUGUAGGUGUAUACGGUAUAGCAUAAAUCAGACAGAGGCGCACUGCUCCAG